AUGGAGUCUCUGGCGACUAAACGGGCAAAACGCUUUACUUGGGAUGACAAGCGCUUCCAGGAGGAGAUCCGAACCAAACUCGAGCAUAUCUAUAACUUACAAGCUGAUGACCUUCUCGGCUUUGCGCGAGAACGUCUUGGUUCUCGACUCGAGUCUCUAGAUGGAUACCUGAAAGAACUCGACUCCAAGCAGCUCCAGGAUGCUCUUCGUGCCUCUCUGCUGCUAUUCACUGUAUCUAGGGAGCAGAUGGUCCCUCGCGAGAUGCAGCUGGACUGUCUUCACUCUAUGGCUGCUCGUAAAAACUCGAUGGUGAAUGCAUCUACGGGGUCUGGUAAAACUAUUGCGAUGCUAUUACCUAUUCUCUUGGAGCCGGAAGGUAUAUCUCUGGUCAUAUCUCCGCUGAAACAGCUGCAGACCAAUCAGGUGACCGAAUUCGCAUUCUUUGGUAUAGCCACCGCGGCCAUAAACUCUGAUACACCCCAGGAGCGUCAUGCCGAGGAGUUCUGGGCUAGGGUUCGACAAGGCGACUUUCCGAUCAUUAUAGUCUCCCCCGAAUCGUUUGGACCAUUUGAAGGUGGAAGACAGAUGCCUCGUUUUGCCUCUAUGCUCUCGGACAACUACCUGCGCUACGGCUCUCGCAUAUCUCGUGUUUUCGUUGAUGAGGCUCACUUCAUCUACACCUCCGGCGUUCUUCUCCAUGGUGCUCAGCCUUCUCGAAGGGCUUAUGGUAAACUAGGUGAUGCCAUUCGUCUUCGAUUACCCAAGAAUACACCAGUGCAAGCACUCUCGGGCACCCUUCCUCAGCAUAUCAAGUGGGUAAUCCAGGCGACUCUUCACUUUGGACCUGUUCAUACUUGGGACUUCAUCAAAUACACGUCGAACCGUUCUAACAUCACAUACGUUUUCUGGGAGGUAAUGGGCAGUUUGAACACGUUUGAGAACCUCAAUUUCAUUUUCCCUCUCGCUCAUGGCGCAAAAAUCCUCAUCUACUUUGACGACAUCAAUCAGGUGGCAGCUGCGACUACAUAUCUGCAAAGUUUUCUCUCGCAGGAAGACCGCAUUCGAGGAGUGGUCAGAGAGUAUCACUCGGAGAUGUCUGACGAGUAUAGGCGACGUGUCUAUCAAGAGUUCUCUUGCCCGGAUGGUAAUACCAGGGUGCUUUUAACAAUGUCUGCUUGCGCAGUAGGCGUAGAUAUCUCAAACGUUACCAUAGUCAUCCAGUGGGGUGUCUGCUGCAAUAUCCCCGACUGGCGUCAGCGAGGCGGUCGAGUUGCUCGAUCUCCUGGCAUUCAAGGCCUGUACAUAACUUUUGUCGAGUCAUGGGUCAAGGGAAAAGUCCCUCCAGACGAGAUUGAUGGUGACCCAGACACACCACUCGUAUCCCCACUCCCCGACAAGGCCGCGUCUAAGCACCAAAGGGUUGGCAGCGCCAUGAUCAAGCUUGUGAAGAAUACAAGCCUCUGUGUCCGCGAUUUCUUGGCGGCUUACUUUGAUGACACAACCCUCGAAAGAACGCUCUGCACCAACAUGUGGUGCUGCGAUCGUCAUCCAGCAAAUCCUAUCGAUUAUUCGAGAUGGUUUACAGGCAGUCGACUCACUGUCCCUCCACCAGCAGCUCGCCGUGUCAAUCCCAGUGACCGAAGGGAUCCUAAACGCCCAGAAGGCGAAAGGAAGCAUCCCCAGACGAACUUCUAG